CAUCGAAGUCAUGAAAAUGCUCUCCAUUCGAUCCGUCGGCCUCUCGCUCUCCCUGCAGAAGGGCCUGCCUUUGGGAAGCGGUCUGGGAUCGAGCGCCGCCAGCGCCGCCGCUGCGGCCGUGGCGGUGAACGAGAUGUUUGGGAAGAGAUUGAGCGUGGAGGAUCUUGUUGUGGCGUCGUUGAAAUCGGAAGAGAAGGUUUCGGGGUAUCACGCGGACAACGUGGCCCCAUCGAUCAUGGGGGGUUUCGUGCUGAUUCAGAGCUACGAGCCGCUGCAGUUGAUAGAGCUAAAGUUUCCGGCGGAGAAGGAACUGUAUUUCGUGCUGGUGAGUCCUGAAUUUGAAGCCCCGACGAAGAAGAUGCGGGCAGCGCUCCCCAGCGAGAUUGGGAUGGCGCACCACGUUUGGAAUUGCAGCCAGGCUGGCGCUCUGGUGGCGGCGGUGUUGAAGGGUGACGUGGUUGGUUUGGGGAAGGCUUUGUCCUCUGACAAGAUCGUUGAGCCCCGGCGUGCCCCCUUAAUUCCCGGCAUUGAGGCUGUUAAGAAGGCUGCCCUUCAGGCUGGGGCCUUUGGCUGUACCAUCAGUGGCGCUGGCCCCACCGCCGUUGCCGUCAUCGAUGAUGAGUCUACCGGACAUGCCAUUGCCCAACACAUGAUUCAAGCCUUUCUCAGCCACGGCAAUUUGAAGGCUUCUGCAAAAGUCUUGCAGCUCGAUCGCCUUGGUGUUAGACGCAUUCUAGAUUGACUUCUAUCUCAGUGCCUUCCUUCUAAUGGUACCUUCUCUUCUC